GGGGUGAAAAUUCUAGGGUUUCGACUUUGGACCAUGCCUGGUGUUGACGAUUCCAAGGUGCGGUUGAGAGAUCCGGCGGAGAUCGAAUCUCCAGAACGGAAGAUAGAGACAAAAUCAGAAGAUCGUCCACCAAAUUCCUUCUACUUCGGCGGUAAACUACUCCGCGUAGGCGAACCCAACGAUGAGGAAUGUUUUAGACAGGCCAAACUCUUUUCCAAACAGUUUGGUGAUAGCGAGGGUUUUGAUGUGGACUGGGACAGUUUUGACUACGUGUUCUCUGUCGUCAAUUUCUACUGGCAACCACAACUUGAUGAUAGGAUGACCAAUGACGAGCUGCUCAAACAACUCAUACGAGCAGCCAUUGAAGAAUACGAUGAUGAUAACGGAACAGAGCUUGAGCUUAUCGAUUAUGUAGGUGCCAAUAUGGCACCGUGCAAGGGUAUUAUGUAUUACAUAACAUUUAGGGCCAAAGAUGUUUCCUCAACUAAUCCAGAGCUUUACCAAGCCAAGGUGCGCAAGUUUUGUGAUGAUAUCGCCGUCAAAUUGGUUAGGGAAAAGCCUCACAAAGAAAUUUCAUGAGGACAGUUUAUAUUGUGUUAUGUGCUUCAAAUGGGACAGCUCUUGAGAAUAAUUUGUGGUGGCUUUUUUAAUAAUGUUAUAUGUACUUUGUGUUGUAAUAUCACAGCUCUUGGUCGUUAACUACUUUGUCUUGUAUGACAUGUCUUUGCCAAAAUCCAACCAA